UUUGGCAGAAGCUGGUGCUGCCGAUGCCAGGAUUUGGGUGCCGAACCACAGUUUCCUGUUUUCAAACGCAUUCCUUGAUCUGCAAAGGACAUCUUUUGGAGACAAGAAUUCAGACAGACUGGCACAGCCUGGACCUCCGCCAAGUCUGCUCGGAAGGAUGCCAUACUGGGAGCAAAGGAGUGAGAGAGAGAGAAAGAGGGAGAGAGAGAGAGGCAGAGGGAGAGCUGAGGAAAGAAAAAAAGGCAAGACUUGGCACAGCUCAGUCGAAUCAGCUUCUUUUGUCUGCUUUCUCGGCUUGCGCUUCAGGAAAGAAAACCGUCCCGGGGUACGGGAAAACUCAGAACUUUCUGGUUUUCAAACUUAGAAGGCUUUUUAAGUCUCUUGGGCUGUUUGAAAGUGUUGGCACAUACAAUGACGUUUAGUCACCAGUAUUAAGGGAAAUAAAAGCCUUUUUCAUAAAGAAGCUUCCACAGUGUCCAUGCAUUUGGGAAAUAUUAUAUUUGAUUUUUUUGCAUAUAUGAUUAUACCAUGAGAGACAGGAUUCACAUAGAAGAUGGCAAGGGACAUGUCUCACUAGAGAGAAUUUUAAUUUUCUACAAAAUAAAGUUUGCUCAUCAAUACAAAUCUGCUUUCUAAUCCAAUCAGACAUCCUUCGGAAUGUAUUCAGAACGUAAGUUUUCAUACUUUAUUUUACUUAUUUUUCCCAUUUGCAGAUACUGACUUUUUAAGGAGACGUUCUAGAAUUUCAUGCAGCCCAGCCAGAAAGUCAGAGUAUAAAAGUUGUUCCUUCCAUGUGUUUUAAGAAAACGUUCUCUUAAAGCCACAGCCUUUAUUUCCGUUGCUUCAUGCUGUCCUAAACUACAUCCCCCCGCAAUUAGUGACAAUACGGAAGACCAGGAAGCAAGCCGAAGACAUCAGACUUCGCUUGAAGGGCAAACGAGAACACCAAACACCAUGUCAAUGGCAACAGAACAGUUGAACCUUUCCCAGAGGGAACACAGAUGGCUGUAUUUGGAAUGGGCUGCUUUUGGGGAGCUGAGAGGAAAUUCUGGCUCCUGAAAGGAGUGUAUUCCACCCAAGUGGGCUUUGCAGGAGGCUAUACAUGCAACCCUACCUAUAAAGAAGUCUGCUCAGAAAAAACUGGCCACGCAGAAGUCGUCCGCGUUGUGUACCAGCCAGAGCACAUCAGCUUUGAGGAACUGCUCAAGGUCUUCUGGGAGAAUCACGACCCGACCCAAGGAAUGCGCCAAGGAAAUGACUAUGGCACCCAGUACCGCUCAGCUGUGUACCCUACCUCUGUGGCCCAGAUGGAAGCAGCCCUGAGGUCCAAAGAGGACUACCAGAAGGUUCUUUCAAAGCACGGUUUUGGUCCCAUCACCACUGACAUCCGGGAGGGACAGACAUUCUACUAUGCAGAAGAUCACCACCAGCAGUACCUGAGCAAGAACCCUGACGGCUACUGCGGCCUUGGGGGCACUGGGGUUUCCUGUCCAAUGGGAAUUAGAAAAUAAUUUCUCCCCACAUGGUGAGCACUAGAAGUUCCAGCAAAACCACUGUCACCAAAUGGGGCACUGCUUCUGUGAUUCACACCCAUGGCUUUUGACAUUGCAUAUAGCACAGGACCUUUAUAAAAACCAGGCUUAUAUUGAGGGUUAAUUUACAGGAAGUAUAUGGCAAGUUGCUAAAAUGAAUUUGUCUUCUAAUCAGCCGAGAUGGGAAUGGAGCAUGAAAUUUUUUGAAUCAUCUGGGACCUAAAUGGAGAUAAUGAACACCUGUGUCCUCCUGCUCGUGCUGUGGAGGGAGGCUAAAGGCCGAUGCAGGAAGAUGGCUGGGCACAGCGCAGGGUUGCUGGGACUCCUUGAUCUGUGUUCUGCUUCCCCUCACAUGCUCUCCUCCCACCAGUGCCUUACAAGUCCUCUUUGUGCAGAGAAAAGAUAUGAGUUACCUUAAUGCAUUCUAGCCUCUUGCUUACAGCAAUAAGAUAGCUUGUUCUAAUAAAAAUCUACAGUUCAAUAAUACAAA